AUGGCAGCUGAAAUUGAUGGUACUUCAAAAGGUCUAUUAGGAGCAUUUGCUGCAUGUACACUUAUAAGUGGUAUUGUUUCAUUGGCCUAUGGGAUCAUAUUAUUAAUUCAAAAUAUUGGUGUCGAAUAUAAUUAUGGUGUAAUUAAUUUAUUUACGACAAGUAUCAUACUGAUUGUUGUUGGUGGUUUAUUAAUAAUAACGGUACUUUUGGGUGUAUUUGGAGCUCUUAAAGAUAUUUCGAAUUUACGUUUGGUAUCACUUGUAUUGCUAUUCAUUUUAUUUGUAGUACUUGUGGUUCUUGGUGUUUGGGCAAUGGUUUCAUAUAAAACAGGUCGUUUACAAAACAGUAUUGAUUUGGAUAUGAAUCAAUUCAAAGAGACAUCGGAAGGUUUAACACCAAUGCUCAAGAAAAAGGCUGAUUUUUUAAAUGAAAAAUAUAAUUGCUGUAUUGCAUAUAAUCCAAACACAGAUUCGGGAGAACCAGUACGAACUUAUUGUAAUGAUGACAAUACAAAUAAUAAAAUAGAUUUUAUAAAUGUUUGUGUUAAAUCAUAUUUUCAAAUAAAAUCCAAAGAAGUUUUUCGUGUGGCUGUUUUGGCAUUAGCAACUGCUGGUGCAGUCCUUAUUGCUCUUCUUUUAUAUGGUGUUGUAUCUCAACGUGCACGUGCUGGCUAUGCAGCCGUUUCUCGUGGGUAA